CGUCUCUGUGCGGGCGAGGGGGGCGGUUGCUAGGCUGCGCUCCGGGCCUAGUAGGCCGCAGGGGCGGCGUGGCCGGCCAGGCAGGCAGGCAGCCGAAAGGACGGCGAGGGAACGCCAUGGCGGCUUCGCCUCGGCCGGAGCCGCGCGGCUCGGAGACACCCAGCAGCUGCGUGCUGUGUUGCGGAGAGCUGGAGGUGGUGGCGCUGGGCCGGUGCGAGCACCCCAUCUGCUACCGCUGCUCCGUGCGGAUGCGGGCGCUCUGCGGGGUGCGCUACUGCGCCGUCUGCCGGGAGGAGCUCGCCCAGGUGGUCUUUGGGAAGAAGUUGGCAUCCUUUUCAACUAUUGCACUCAACCAGUUGCAGCACGAGAAGAAAUAUGACAUUUAUUUUACUGAUGGAAAAGUUUAUGCUCUCUAUAGGAAGCUUCUGCAGCACGAAUGCCCGCUGUGCCCAGAGGCCAAGCCGUUCGCCACCAUUGUGGACUUGGAGCAGCACAUGAGGAAGCAACACGAGCUCUUCUGCUGCAGACUGUGUGUGAAACACCUGAAGAUCUUUACCUAUGAGCGCAAGUGGUAUUCGCGUAAGGACCUCGCCCGGCACAGAAUCCACGGGGACCCCGACGACACUUCUCACCGCGGCCACCCCCUGUGCAAAUUCUGUGACGAGCGCUACUUGGAUAAUGAUGAGUUAUUGAAGCACCUGAGAAGAGACCACUAUUUUUGCCACUUCUGUGACUCUGACGGGGCACAGGAAUACUACAGCGAUUAUGAGUACCUCCGGGAACACUUCCGCGAGAAGCACUUCCUCUGCGAAGAAGGCCGGUGCAGCACCGAGCAGUUCACUCAUGCCUUCCGGACUGAGAUAGACUACAAAGCCCACAAGACGGCCUGUCACAGCAAGAACCGGGCAGAGGCCAGGCAGAACCGGCAGAUUGACCUCCAGUUCAACUAUGCGCUGAGGCAUCAGCGGAGAAAUGAGGGUGUCGUGGGUGGUGAGGACUAUGAAGAGGUUGACCGAUACAACAGGCAAGUGAGAGGAGGCCGGUCAGGGCCACGAGGAGGGCAGCAAAACCGGAGAGGCAGCUGGAGAUACAAGAGGGAGGAAGAAGACAGAGACAUUGCAGCAGCUGUCAGGGCAUCUGUAGCCGCCAAAAGGCAAGAAGAGAAGAAGCGGGGGGAGGACAAAGAGGACGGCUCCCGUGCCAAAAAGGAAGAUGCAAAAGAUCUGGACUUGAGCACCUCCAAGCGGGGACCAAAACCUCCAGCUGAUGUGCCAGCUCCCAAGGAAACUGCUGCAAAGGCUGUUUUGAGCCAAGAUGACUUUCCUGCCAUUAACUCGACAGCAGUGGGCUCUGUGCAGAGCUUGGCCCAGCCAGCCUCGGUGAAACUGGACGAAGAGGACUUCCCAAGCCUCUCUGCCUCCUCCUCAACUGCCCCCACGGUCUCAUCAGCCAUGUCCUUAACCUACACGGCCACAGCCAGGAGGUCGGCCUUUCAGGAGGAGGACUUCCCGGCCUUGGUGUCCAAAGUGCAGCCAAACAUCAAGGCGGCCUCGACCCUCACCUCCGCCUGGAACUGCGGCUCAGGCAAGAGCAUGGUGAAAGCCGUGCCCACCAGCAACUCCAGUGCCAGCCAACCGGCCAGGAAGGCAGCCCCCAGCAGCAGCGGCAAAGGUGGCAAAAAGAACAAGGCUGCCCUUUGCAGCGACGACCAGGAGAGCGGCAGUGGCCUGACUAGCCAGGAGAUCCGCAGUGCUCCGACCAUGGUCGACGUCUCCUCUCUGCUGGCGGCCUCAAAUUCUCAGACUUUUGUCAAAGUGGGCAAGAAGAAGAAAGUUGGGGCCGAGAAGCCAAGGGUGGCCUCUCCCUCCAUCUUGCAGGAAGCACCAGCCCCCAUCCCUUCUGCGGAAAAGGCACCGGAAGCUGAGCAGGUGCCAACCUUGCCUGCCGACGCCGAUGUACCAGCUAUUGCGAACGGUCACUCAGAGAAGUGUGUGGGCACCUGCAACGCUUCUAAAGAGCCCCCUGGUUUGAAGAAGCCCCCAGUGGCCAGCCAGACCCUGCUGCCUCAGGAAGACUUCCCAGCCCUCGGAAACUCUGGACCACCCCGAAUGCCUCCACCCCCAGGCUUCAACUCUGUGGUGCUGCUUAAUAGCCCCCCGCCACCUCCGGGACUGUCAGUGCCUCUUAGCAAACCACCCCCUGGCUUCACUCCUAUUCCACCCACUAGCAUCUCGGAGUCUGCCCCUGCUCCUGUGAAAGAGCCAAAACCUUGUCAGGGACCCUAUUUGAUCCUGGAUAACUUCCAGCAGCGGAACAUCCAUCUAAUCCAGUCAAUCAAGGAAUUUCUGCAAGAAGACGAAUCCCAGUUCAACAAAUUCAAGACAUACUCCGGGCAGUUCAGGCAGGGUCUGAUUUCUGCAGCUCAGUAUUACAAGAGUUGCCAGGAGCUGCUGGGCGAGAACUUCAAGAAGAUCUUCAACGAGCUCCUUGUGCUGUUGCCGGACACGGCCAAGCAGCAGGAACUGCUUGCCGCUCACAAUGACUUGAAGGCCAGGCUGGGCUCCUCCGCUUCCCCCAUUGGUAGAUCCAGGAAGAACCGGAAGAGCGCCUGGCAGACAGACUUGGGCUCCGACCUCGACUGCUGCGUCUGCCCCACAUGCCAGCAGGUGCUGACCCAACAGGACCUCCUUUCCCACAAAGCCCUGCAUAUGGAGGAGGAGGAGGAGUUCCCCUCCUUGCAGGCUAUCAGCAGGAUCAUCAGCUAGCUGUUCCAGGCAACUAAAUAAAGCCAGUCUCCAUCUUUUAAAAAUCGCGUUUCUUGGAAGGCAGGCUCUCAGAAGAGUGUAGAGCAGCCGGCUCUGUGGGCGGGCAGAGGGAGUUUGUGGAAGGUGCUGGCAGGCUAAAGGGGUUCCUGGGUGGCGGCAGCUGCGGCCGCUGGGGAAAUCCAGUGACAACGGGCCUCCUGCCACAAAAAUGGGCUGGAAUUGCAAGUUCCCAGUGGGUGGAGCCUAGUUUGCCACCACCGUUGAUGAAUUAGCUAGUUUCUGACCUUGGCACAAUACGGAAAUAUGGGCAGGGAGGGGUUGUUUUCAUUUGUAAAAAAAAAUUAAAAACCGGAAGGUUACCAUUUUGGUUGCAGAAAGCCAUUGAGAAUGGCUCAGAAGCAGUCGCACAUAAGAUGUAAGUUGUGUAGGCCGCACAGGAUGGAAGGGUGUUGGGAAUGUAGAGCUGGGCAAAAGUGCCAUGGCAAGUAUGGAUUUGGGCCUUUCCUCUGGCCUACUUUUGUCUCUCACUCUACUUCAGCUUUUUGGAUGAGUUUCUUCCAUCGACAGGGAUGGAACUUCUUAAGAAAAUAUCUGCAUCUAGACUUCAAAGCAUUUUUUCUGUCAAGCUUAAAUGUUUCUCCAAGGAAACCCAGAUUUGUUCUGUUAAAACUGCAUGUAGGUUUAAAAAAUGGUAUUCAAUGCUUUUUCUUCUCUGUGUAAAAUGUGCAUUUCUGCCUCUGUGAUGCGAGUUCAGUUAUUUCCAUUGUCUUUGAGGAAUCUGUGCUGGCUUAGAUCAGCCAGUGGUUGGCUCAUUAAAUGCUGCUCCACAUUGACCACCAUCCUAUGUUGCCAUCUGAUGCCUUGAAAUGCAAGCUUCCUAAGAGUUUACCUAGAAGCGGGUAGGAGAGAGCUGGCUGGGAUCUAAAUUCCACCCUGUCGCCAGGGAGAGCUUCCUCCUUUACAUUGUCUCCACAGGGUAAGCAAACCUCAACAGCUCCAUACAGAGACCUUUCCUAGUGGGCUACCUUGGAAGUGAAAUACACUCACCAAGACCAGAGAAACACCAGCUGAGAGUGUGCAGCCUCUUGUUCAAGUCCAGGAAGAGAAAUUGCAAAUACUUUGGCAACAGGUAAAAUCUGUCCCACCAAAAAACAACCCUUCGCAUAGGAAUUGUCACAUGAGGGCAGCUAGUUUAGAUCCCUCCCCUAAAUCCAGGUUUGCAGAACAUUUAUUUUGCAUUGUGGGUGGGAGAGGCUGCAAAUCAGUCAUGCCAUUUCCACCAGCCUGUGGUAUGAAAUGGUAGAGUCCAGGCCCCCAUUGGACCAGCUGCUGAGCUGCUUGUCCAAACUCAAUUUUUUUCCAGUUUAUCUGCCACCUUGUUGUAUUGCUCAAGGCUUGAUGUCAGCAGCCUUUCACUUCAGUAUUUUCAAGUAAUUAUUAUUUUAAAGAUCUUAUAUCGGGAUGUCUUUACUGAAUCCACCUGGCUCUUUAAUCAAAAAAUGCUUGACACAAUUUAGUAGCAGUUCUGCACAAGUACUGCUGAAAUGGGGGGGGGGGUUUACAAGAACUCCCUGUUUGCUUUAGAGGGGUGGAAGAGAUCUAAACCAGGCUUCCUCAAACUCGGCCCUCCUGAUGUUUUGAGACUACAAUUCCCAUCAUCCCUGACCACUGAUCCUGCUAGCUAGGGAUCAUGAGAGUUGUAGGCCGAAAACAUCUGAAGGACCGAGGGUGAGGAAGUCUGAUCUAAACCUUGGAUCAUUCCCACAAUUUUAAGAAAAAGUUACUUAACUGUUACACAUCCAGUCAUGGCUCCAAAGAUGAUCGUUAAGAUUUGCUCAGUAAUGCAGGACUUAUCUUGAGGUGGUUUUGUUAAGUACUACUUGACUAAAACUAAGAAUGUAGGGUACUUUGGACCUUUGCACCACAUGUACAGGGUGUGUUGGAAAGGAAGGCAGGGUCAUAUUUCCUGUGGCCCCACCAAACACGGGAAACAAAUACACACACUUCCCACAAACAUGGGAAACCUGCUGAGUUAAGACUCCUGGUUAUGUGGGAGACCAGAACAGCUCACCAAAUGUUCUCACUGAUCCUUUGAUACAUCUAGCUGUAUGUCUGUGCUCAUUGUGCCCAUCAAGAAGAAGUUUGGGAGGCCCCAUGUAGCAGGUAGAAUGCUCUCCCCCAGAGCAGUUCUGUCUGCUCUGGCUUAUUGAAGGCAACCACAGGCAUCUCACCUGAGUCCCAUUGGAAAGAGUGAAAUAAAAUCAGGCAGCUGUUCUUGGCAAUUGUCUUCCCCUCUUUUUCUGUUUUAAAGUGCAGAAAUAGUAUGAAAUUGAACAUACAACUGGCUCUGACUCACAAAUAAGUUUCCAGCUCACAAAUAAGUUUCCAGUUUCUAGCUGGUCUGCUGUGGUUAAAACUUCUCAACUGUUGGGGGCUUUAAAAAGCCAAUGUCUGUCAUGUGUCACCCUGCCUGGUUUAGAUUCUUACUAUUUCUAUCCGCUAUUUAUAAGCAUCCUUUAGCUGUUUCAGUCAACCACAGGUCUCUCUCUUCCUUCCCCCUUUACACUCGAUCCAGCAGAAUGUCAAGAGGUCUUGAGCUGUUCAUUUGUAAAUGUUUAUUGAAAAAUAAGUUGCAGUUGGUAUACAGACAAUUAAAAUAACACAGUCACAGAGUGA